AUGUCCACGACUGACAAGCCCCGCGGCGGCGUCGACCACUCCCAUGGCCACCACCACGAGAUCCCGAGGCCGCACCUCAGCGCCAUGGGAGGCCACCUGGUCGCGGCGUCGGGCGAGUUCGUCGGCACCUUCUUCUUCCUCUUCUUCGGCUACGCCGGCCAGAUCAUGGUCGUCCUCCAGGGCGCCGACGCGGCCCCGGACGGCUCGCUCAGCAGCCAGGGCGUCGUCUUCAUCGCCCUGACCUACGGCUUCUCCCUCCUCGUCAACGUCUGGACCUUUUACCGCGUCAGCGGUGGGCUGUUCAAUCCCGCGGUCUCUCUGGGUCUGUCCCUCGGCGGCCAGCUGCCCUGGAUGCGCUCCCUAUUCCUCAUCCCGGCACAGCUGCUGGCUUCCAUGUGCGCCGGCGGACUGGUCGAGGCGAUGUUCCCCGGCAACAUCUCGCAGGCCAACUCCCUGCUCGGAUCGCGCACCUCGGUCGUCCAGGGCCUCUUCCUCGAGAUGUUCUUCACCGCCCAGCUCGUCAUCGUCGUCUUCAUGCUCGCCGUCGAGAAGUCCCGCGACACGUUCCUCGCGCCCAUCGGCGUCGGCCUCGCUCUCUUUAUGAUCAUGAUUCCCGGCACGUUUGCCACGGGCGGGUCGCUCAACCCGGCUCGCAGCUUUGGAUGCGCCGUGGCCGGGAAACAGUUCCCCAACUACCAUUGGAUUUACUGGCUGGGCCCGGCCUUGGGAGGCGCCCUGGCCGCGGCGUAUUAUCGUUUCGUGAAAUGGGCACACUAUGAGGAGGCCAACCCGGGCCAAGACUUGCCUGUGGACCCGGAAGAUCUAGCGGCUAACAGAGUCCCUGGGCUGCCCGGGUUGAUGCCUCAUCAUCAUGAGGUGUAG